AUGGGGGAGAUUACGUCUUCGGCAGGGACUCACCGAUAUGCUAUGCCAUCAGUUAUUGCUUCAUUGGCUGCCCGAUCAGCCAGUUCAUUUCCGUACUGCUUUGCCAUAUCCUACAGAAAAGAGACCCUCAGACAGUACGAACUGCGGGCCAGCUCGGAGAGUGAAUGCAAGGCUUGGAUCGAAGCAAUCAGGGAAGCCAGGUAA